AUGAACUCCACGGAGCUGAGUGUGGACUUGAACCGGUCUACCCCGAUAUUUACGAUCGGAACCAGUUUUAUCACUCAAUGGAAACUUCAGAAGAUGCGUCGGCCAUGCCUGUCGUCUGGUUACCACGAAUGCCACAACAACACGAACUUUACCGACGUCUACUACUUCAACAGCACGCUAGAAAACAUACUGGCCAUAAACGGGGAAGCACAACCAGUUCUGCCGCCGUUUCCCCUCUGGCUGGCUUCCAUCUUCGCCACGUGCCUAGUGCUGGUUAUUCUUCUCACUGUGAGUGGGAAUGUGCUCGUCCUUCUAGCUUUCUUAGUGGACAGGACUAUACGCCAGCCCAGUAAUUACUUCAUCGCUUCACUUGCAGCUACUGACCUGUUGAUAGGUAAGAAUUUGUCGAUCCCCUUUUACACGGACUACGUAUUAAAAGGAUAUUGGCAUCUUGGGCCUCUACUUUGCGACUUGUGGCUCUCUGUCGACUACACAGUAUGUCUCGUCUCUCAAUACACCGUAUUACUCAUAACCGUUGACCGAUUUUGCAGCGUCAAAAUAGCAGCCAGAUAUAGGGCAUGGCGGACAAAAAACAGAGUCAUCUGGAUGGUUACAAUAACGUGGAUAAUACCAGCCUUAUUGUUUUUUACGACUAUAUUCGGAUGGGAACAUUUCGUAGGAUAUAGAGAUUUACAAGAGGGAAUAUUUAAGACUGCUUAUGAUAUGCAAAAGAAAAGUGAGGCAAAACAAAGGAAAAUGCAGUCAAUGGUUGCAUUAAGUGCUGGUUUUAUGACAGGUAUGGCUGGACGGGCAGCGGGUACUUCGGGACUGCCUAAAGCCACUAUUUCUAGUGAAGAUCAAAUGAAGGUGUCAGAGUCUGUACGGAAAGAUUCCACUUCAAAGGGGUCUUUAGCAGCUCCUCUACUAAACUUAGGUGGUUCCACCGAUUCAAAUUCUAGUCAAAAAUCAUCUGCUCACAAAAGCAGUGCCACUGCAACUGGAACAUCAACAACAGCUGAGUCUGAUGCAGAUAAGAAGGAAGAUCAAGUCGAAGCAGAGAGGUCUAGUAGUCCCGCUUUUGAUUCAGAUGAUGAAAGUACAACACAAACAAAUAUAAAGAAACGACCGUCGGUGGCUAAUUUAGUGAUGCAAACUGGUGCAUUACAAUUACUUAACAAUAUGCGUAUGAACGGUGGAAUGAUGAUUAAAACUGACUUAAAGCAAACACCAACAUUUAAGAAUGAGCUUGAUAAACCUAAAUCGUCACUGUCUCAAAUAUCCGAGAAGAGUUUGCUUGAUACCGACAAUCUUGAAUCAUCCCAUAAUAUUGGAGUUUCAGCUGUGCCAGUUGUUCCCUUAUCAACUGCUAGUCUAAUAUCUCCUAUGUCAUCAGGUAUAGCCACGCCGUCCGAUCAAAGAGAGGUGUCAACCACUAUUGCUCAAAGGAUAAUACCUCCACCAACUGAGUUCAGGUGUAGCCCUCCAGUGUCUGAAAGUCCACCUUCACAAUCAGAAUCAUCUAGAACUAGAACUGUAAGAGUUGUAAAAGGUGAUGGUACAUCUUAUGAUGUUCUUGUAGGGAUGGAUGGUGCUGAUUUAAGGUAUAUGGAUGAGAGCUCCGUAAUUUUAGCCUCACCCACAUAUGAAAGUCCUCCGUCAUCAGUGACGUUUCCAACUAAUACUGAACCGCCAUCUCCUCCAACACAUAACUCAAGUAAUGUCACAAACACUUCAUUGUUACAAGCCGCACUAAUAAGAGCCACUGCGGAAGCUAAAGUAAGUCAACCUCCAACCUCAAAAUCAAAUUAUUCUCCUCCGCAACCAAUUAAAGUAAAUACAGAGGUAAGUUUAACUACAGGGGAACGAUCAAAGCCUGUUAUUACCCUUGUAUCGUCGUCUUCCAAUAAUAAUGAACCUCAACCGGCCAAAACCGCGGACGCAAAAGUCUCCCCAUUAAAACUAAAUCCAGUGAGUCCGGCUGUAGAGAAUAGUGAUGUUUCGAGCACGGCUGUAACUGGGUCAGGCCGCGGCGACUCCAAGAAAGAGUUCGUCAAAAACAUAGGAAAAAAAUUAAAAGUUAAACGUUCGAAACGAGACGGGUUAUUCCCAAGUAUAGGCCGGCAGAAAUCUAAAUCGGAAAAUAGAGCUAGAAAGGCUUUUAGAACCAUAUCGUUUAUUUUAGGAGCAUUCGUAAUUUGCUGGACACCUUACCACAUAUUGGCUUUAGUCGAGGGUUUUUGCACAGAUCCGCCUUGCAUAAACAAACAUAUCUACAUGUUUUCUUACUUUUUAUGUUACGCGAAUAGUCCAAUAAAUCCGUUUUGCUAUGCGUUAGCUAACCAACAAUUCAAAAAGACCUUCACGAGGCUUUUACGGGGAGAUUUCCACAUCACCUAG